AAUGUACUUAGUUACAUCCGUUGACCUGUUGGCACCGUGUGAGAUGAAGAAGAUUCAGUCUGAUGGCAUGUUAGGUUUCAUUUACCUUCAUACUGUUUGUUUUUUCUGCGCAUGUCACCUGAUGAGUUUCGAUUCCGGCGAACGUGUAAAAUCGAAAGCGAUGCUCAGCUGAUGAUGUGAGGGAGGUUUGUUUACUGCAGCUGUAACAGAUCUUUAAACGCACCACAGGUUUGACUCUUUUGACUCGUUGUUCUAAAGCUGCACAGUCCGUUUGUCUGCAGACCUUCAGCUGGAGUCUGUGUGAUGUCUUCAAUCAGAUGCUUUGUUGUUUCAAGAUUUCUUCCGAGCUGCUCUUUCGGAAUGAGAGGCCUACGCAACCACUGUUUGUCCUGCUGCGUGAACACUUUGCUGCAGACCUUCUCUGCUACCUGGGAGCUAGCAGACGUCCUAGACAAGUGGGAAACAGCCGGUGUGAGGACGGAUGGUCGUAACGUCCCCCUGCAGCUGAAGAAAGUUCUCGCGGAGAUGAAGCGCGACCUCUCUCAGCCUGCUAACAACGAAGACUUCCUUCGCUGUCUGGACAGAAACUCCGUUCGACUUAAUACGCAGCACGAUGCUGACGAGGUGUUUCUCUUCAUCCUGAACUUAAUAAAGCAGCAGCUGGAUGACCAAACUCUGGCUCUUGAAAUCCAGAAUCUGUACAAGAUUUCUGUGGAGACGCAUCUGCAGUGUUUAUUGUGUGACUCCGUCCAGACUCAGACCAGCUACCUGCUUAGCCUGCCUCUGCAUAUAAAGGAAGAUCACAACUCCCUGGAAGGCAGCAUGACCUCCUUCUUCGAGCAUCAGGAGCUGAAAGGCAUAAACAGCUGCUAUUGUGCACAGUGUGAAACAAAGACUCCGUCCAAACAGGGUGUCAAGCUGCUUUUCCUGCCUCGUAUCUUGUGCCUGAACCUGAAAAGGUUCAGAAACAGCACUCGUGGCACCCGAAAACUUGACUGCAAGGUUACUUUUCCAGAAACCUUUGACUUCUCUGAGGUCGCCAAAGAAGCAUUCUCCUCAGACUUUGCCCAGACUGACUGCAAGUACACUCUCCAUGCAGUGGUAGUUCACUCUGGUGUUGCGAUGUGUGGACACUACACCGCCUACGUUCGUCACAGUGCGAACCAGCACUGGUACUAUGCAGAUGACAGCCACGUAAGACAGGUCUCCUGGGAAGAAGUACAGAAAACAUAUGGAGGACAUGACAGAGGCACAGCAUACAUGUUAAUGUACAGAAGAGAUUCGGGCAGACAACAACCUGAACUUUCCGGUUGACUGGAUGGAUGCAGAUGAAUUAAUACAGGGUGAACAUGGGAAUAUAAUCAUAGUUUUAUGUUGUUUUGAUGCUUUGAUGUUCUCUUUGAGUAUCCAGAAAAGCACUUUUAACUAAAAUGUGUUAUUAUUAAUGUUAUUAUAGGAAUAUAGCGGUCAGUUAGCUUAGCUUAUCAGACUGGGGAAACAGGAGAAAACAGCUAGGCAGGCUUUGUCCAGAGGUAGAAAUUCUGCAUACCAGCACAUCUAAAGCUAGCUAAUUAACACAUUAUAUCACUUACCUGUGCCAAUGAACAGUACAUUUUUCUUGAUACAUAUUAAACAAACAAAACAACCAAACUAAAUUCUAGCUAAACUAGCUAAGAAGGACUGUGGAGUGCCUCAGGGCUCGGUUCUGGUUCACCUGUUAUUUUUAUACAUACUCUUAUUUAGCCAAAUAAUGUUUGAUAUAAUAAAGUGAGGAUAUACCCCUCAUCUUUCUUAAGGACAAUCUUCUCGUAAUUAAUUAAUUAUUAAGUGCAAAACAGCGAUAAAUGAUUACAUUUCAGUUUGUGUACAGAUUAAUCAAACAAACUAAAUGGUAGCUAAACUAGCACAUAAUUUUUGAUAUAAUACACUGAGGAUACACCCCUCAUCUUUCUUAGGGACCAUCUUGUGACAUCAAAAGUAAUGUUUCUAACAAUUUUUCCUCUUAAAUAAUGCAGUAUUGGGUGAUAAUUGCAAUAUAAUCAUAGGAAUAUAGCGGUCAGUUAGCUUGGAUUAUCAGACUGGGCAAAAACAGCUAGCCUGGCUUUGUCCAAAGGUGGCAAAAUCUGUCUACCAGCACCUCUGAAGCUAAAUAAUUAACACACUAUAUAACUUUUAUGUAUAUGUACAGAUUAAACAAACAAAACAAACAAACAUAUUUGUGCUAAAUGCUGGCUAAACUAGCUAAGAAGGACUGUGGAGUGCAUCAGGGCUCGGUUCUGGUUCACCUGUUAUUUCUAUACAUACUCUUAUUAAGUCACAUAAUUUUUGAUAUAAUACAUCGAGGAUAUAACCCUCAUCUUUUUUUUAAGGGUGAUCUUGUGACAUCAAACAUUUAUGUGUAACAGUUUCACCUCUUAAUUAAUAUAAUAUAGGCUGAACAUGGGAAUAUAAUCAUAGGAAUAUAAACAUUCAUUUAUUAAAUUAUUUUCAUGUACAUUGUGAAUGAUUUUCUAUUUAAUAAUUUUUUUAUGAGCACUCCAGCACAGUAAUUUCUUCCAGAUGCCAGUAGGUGGCGUUGAAGGCUAAAAACAGUGACGGGUUUUCCACUCUUGGACCACACACACUGUGAACACACUCAAUCAUACUGUGGGGUUGGUUUGAAGAGAAUGCUUAGCUUAGAUAUUCAGUGUUUGUGGGGGGAAAUACCUGCCACAGGACUCAGUGUUCAUUUUCAUGAUACUCUACUGUAUAAUAAAUGAGUCACCCAUGAAGAACAA